UUUCUGCGUCGAUAUUUGUGGAGAUGGAGAUGACCGUCCCUAAAAAGUUUACCCACUGUUACAAGAUGGGAGUGGGUGACGGCGUUCUGAAUCAAAACACUAUUUAAAGAGAGCUCCUUCCCCUCCAUCCCCCUCUUGCUCUUGCUCUUUCUUCUCCAUCUCCCUCAGAAAUAGACAACUCCACGACCACAACCCCGCCUGCCCAAGUCAUCAUCCCUGUGCCUCCUGACCGUUGCCUCAGUGCUCAACUCAUCCUCCUUUCGCCGGAUUUUCACCCUUUGCUCUUCUUAAGCUGUCGAGGAGAAACGCGUCCGCUUGUUGACCGCCUGAUCUCCUACCCCUCUCCCUGCUCUGUCCAUUCUUCCCUUGGUCAUUGAGAAAAUCACCGUAGAUUAGGAAUUUGGUCCAUCUGACCGCCUACCAGCUUGUCUUUGAAGUUUUCUACUAUUUUUCAUAUCCCCUUCUCCAACCAUCCUUAAGCCAAGCUUGAUCUCUUGACCUAGACAGGACACUUUCCCUCAUCUUCUCUCGUCGAUCAAACCCCCUUCAUCUCCCGAUCAUCAUGUCAAGUGUAGAGUCAGCCGCGACUGUUCAACCAGUGAUCAAGGAUGUCCAGACCUUGAAGGCCAACCUAAAGGAGCAAGAGAAACGCGCUCGGAGUGAGAAUGAAGUCGAAGAGGUAGCACCUGUCUCGGUCACCGACCAACAAACACCAGUUCAGGACGAUGCUGGCGAGCAAAGAAAGCGUCGAAAGGUCAGCAACCCCACUGGGCCCACCAAGGAAUCCCAAGAGCCGCUCUUGGAUGGUCCUCUCCCUGCAACCUCCACCGAGUCGGUCGAGCCCUCUAACGGCACUACUCACUCCAUUAACGGAGCUGCCAAAACCGAGAAGGAUGCCCCAUCGGCAGCACCGGUUGCGGCAAGCCCCUGUGCUAAAGCCACCGAGCCAGCUCAAUCACUCGCCCCAAAGACGACGGCUCCGGAGGCAAAAGCUAGUGCUCCCUCCGAGGAAAAUAAAAGUCAAGCCAAGGCAGCCACUGUUCCCGCACCAACUGAGGUAGCAAACGAACCGGCUGCUUCUAAUGAUGAAUCAAAAACUGAAACGGCCAAUCACGAAAAAUCCGAUGCUAAAGCUGCCCAUCCUGAAGCUGGCAAAGCGGAGCCAGCAGUAUCAACCGAGAUCAAAGACAAAGCUCCCCAGACCGCCGCAAAGCCUGCCGAAGCCGUUGCGAUCACCGCCUCGUCUUGAAAGAUCUCACAUACAUUUCCCUCUCGGACUUCUCAUGUUGUACGCGCUCCCUCUUCCGGGUGAAAAGCCAUCCUUUGUUUUUCGCAAAUCGGCUCGUGCUAUCACUUUUACGUUAUCCCAAUUAUCCCAAUCUGAAAUUGUUCUCUCCGAAUGAACUUCUCCUUCCCCCCCCCCCCCCAAAAAAAAAAGAAAAAAAAAAAACUGUGCGGCUUCGGGGCCUGCUUUCCAUCUGUAUUAUUUCUUUCUCUAUCUAAAAGUGAACUAGUAGAGUUUUUGUUCCUGAUCUUUAGCUUUAUACAAUUGACGUGUGUAAUCACCAGAGUGAAUCUGUUUUUCCUUCAAGAAAAUAUAAAAAAAAUGUAUCUCAG